UAACGGAGUGUGGGCGCAGAGAAUUUGGGAACAAUAAAUGUGGACACCAUGAGGACGCAGGUGUGGUCUGUUCAGUGAGCCUCCCAAAGCCCAGCAUCUCCAUGAGUCCUGUCGGGGAGGUGACCCUGGGCCAGGGCGCCAACAUCACUUGUUCUACCUCAAAUCAGCGUUUAGGUGGAACCUUCGUUCUGCAGCAGACCUCAGGCGCCUUCAGAAAGACUCAAACCUCAAGUACCAACUCGGCUGCUUUCAACCUGUUGCAAGUGGAUUUUGGAAACGAAGGCUCAUACACGUGUCAGUACCGGAUAAGGCUUUCAAGUCGAGACUUCAACUCACCCUUAAGUGACUCGGUCAGACUCUCUGUUGCUGUGCCGCUGCAGCAGCCCAGCAUCUCCCUGGCGUCUCCUGACGGAGGGCUGGUCUGGGGCCCCCAGGGGGCCGAGGUCACCAGGGGUUACAGCUGCGUCUUCACCUGCUCCAUUUCCUCCCAUUAUCCUGGGGGCGUGUUCUCUCUCAUCUCCUCUGACUCCGGCCUCACCGACACCAAGCAAGCGCUCGCCGGCUCCGCCUCCUUUGACUUCCCUGUGACCGAAUAUGAGCACUUGGGGGUGUACAGCUGUGUGUACGAGGUCACACUGUCUGCACGGAGAUUCACUUCCACCACGAACGCCUCCAUCGUGGUCAUCAUUAAGAUGCCUCUGGUGCCGCUGGUUUCUUCAGUCGCCGUCAUGGGUCCGCUGCUGGUCCUGCUGGUUCUGGUGGCGGUCUGUCUGGUCUGCAGGAGAACGAGACCGGCCGGUCCGCCUGUUGCCCUUGACUACGAUGCCCUGGCUGUCAUACACGGCAACGAUUAUGACAAUAACCAGAAUGAGGACCAGGACAAUAUCUACGCCAACGUUGAUCCAAUGGACACCGACAACAAACUCGGGGAGGAAGAAGAGAGAGCAGAAGAAAAGGAGAGUGAUGACUAUGAGGAGCUAGAGAGUAACGGAGGUCAAGAUCCUGAGGAAGACGAAGGAACCUGUGAAGAUGAAGCUGACUAUGGGAAUGUAACCCAGCUGGAUGAACCAACUGUGGACAUUUAUGGAGAACUCGAAAAUGUUUAUCAAAACUUUUGAGCUGUCAAUAGUAGAAAUUGUAGCUCAAGAGAUGAAGCUUCAAUUUCAGGAGAAUUGGCCAGUCGUACAUUUAUCAUUAUGUUGAUAUGCCAGACUAUAUUAGCGUAUUUGAACAAAAUAAUUUUCAUCAAUAAAACAAAUAAAUAUAUAACAUACAGAAACGUAAUUGUAAUACAAUUAAGAUUAAUUCAAGUUCUUUCCGCAUAGUUUUCCUGCUCAUCCUGGGGGGGACCCAGAAGCACCCCAGGCUAGUCUUUCCGGUGGUGCUCGAUCUUUUCCUCUUCGGUUGGACCUCCAGGAGGCCUCCUGAUCAAAUGCCCAGACCACCUGAGCCGGCCCCUUUCGACAAGGAGGAUCAGCGGCUCUACGCCGAGUUCCCUCUGGACAACGGUGAAAAGGCUGCCACCUUAAGAAGGAAGCUCAAUCCGGCCGCUGAUAUCUGCAAUCAGAUUGUUUCCGUCACCAAAGCUCAUUCCCAUAGAUCAGUGGUCGCCAACCCGUCGAUCGCGAUCGACCGGUCGAUCUCGGAGACGUUCCCUGUCGAUCUCCAAAAUAAAAUGAAAAUAAAUUCAAAAACACAUUGUUCCUUGUUUUAGAACAUUUUCUGAAGUGUCUUCUGAAAUGUUUUCUUUCUGACUGGAAGAUUGACGUCAGAAAAGAUCUCCGCCUGAUUCAUGAACGCCUGAAAACGGGUUCGCUUACACAGCCGUGUUCUCAGCUGUGCACCCAGAAAGAGGGGAACGUACCACUACAGGUGGGGCGCAGGGGGAAAUGCAGAAAGACCUUUAUUGAUAACUUCACAUAUUACACAAGCUCAAAGUACACCGACAUAAAACUAAGUCAUCAAUAAAUACAUGUUGAAAUGCCUGUACCUUCGUGUACAUGUUUACGUUAAGGCAUUAACAGGUUACGCCUGCGCGUGCGCGACAGCCGAGAUUCUUGGCGACUUACCAGGUCUUACCUCCGUGAGUUGGGCUUUUCUGCUGUUGUCCUUCAAAACAAAAGCUCAACAUUGAGCUUUUUUCUUGUCCAUAGAGCAAUCUGGUUUACUUGAAAGUGAUUGCAAUUGCAUUUAUACUAUUAUUUGAAAAGGGACAGAUGCAGGAGUCACAAAUGGUGAUUCUCAUAUUUAUUAUUAUGAAAAUUCUUUAAAUCUGAGGAUGUCUGUAGAGCUGAUGUGAACGUAGUCACCAACGGUCUGAGUUCAGAACCAAUCCCAGAUGAGAAAACUUUCAUGAAUACCAAUUUUGCCCCGAAAAACUCGUCAUUGAAGUUGAGAAAAUCACCAAAUCAAAGACCAGGAGCUGGAUUACUGACAGACAGCUGACAGACGGCCUCAGACUGGCUGUCUGUGAUUAUGAACUAACUACAAGCUCACAGGCAGAGUUCAGUCACAGCCAUCACUCUGACUGGAGUCACAUGGCUUGAUGGCAUUAUGAUGAGAGCUGAACUUACAUGAGUUGCACUGACUGAUCAUGUUGUCAGUGUUGUGCUGUAAUUGGAUUGGAUUCAAUUUAUUGUCAUUGCUAGAGUCCAGGUACAGAAGCAACGAAAUGUAAAUAAAUACAACAUUUAUAUUGGUAGUUCAUCCAGCUGUUCAUCGCAAAUGUGUUUUUUCUUGUUCAUAUUGUGUGCGGUUAACAAAUAUUUUACUUGUUAUAUUACACUUAAAUUCUGUGUACCUGGUCACAUCAAUUUGAACGCUGGACCAAAAUGACAAUUAGGCCAAAUAAAAAGUCAUAAGUCCAGUCUGGACAGUCGUUUUCUCUCAACGCCUCAAUAGGUAGAUCUUGUCGUCAUGAAGGCGGAGGUCAGGGAUCUUGGGCUCAAAAAGGUUGGU